CUAGAUUGGUGGAGCUAAUGCAGCCGAAGCUCCCGGUGCAAGGCAGAGAUGGCGACUGCAAUCAGGCUGCUGGGGCGACGGGUGUCCAGUUGGAGACUGCGGCCAUCGCCCCUCGCUGUCCCGCAGCGGGCUCACUCGAUGCUGCCUGUGGACGAUGCUAUCAACGGGUUAAACGAGGAACAGAAGCAGCUUCGUCAGACUAUAUCUAAGUUCGUGCAUGAGAACCUGGCCCCCAAAGCCCAAGAGAUUGAUCAGAGCAACGAGUUCAAGAACCUGAGAGAGUUCUGGAAGCAGCUGGGGAGCCUGGGAGUACUGGGCAUCACAGCCCCUGUUCAGUAUGGCGGCUCUGGCCUGGGUUACCUAGAACAUGUGUUGGUGAUGGAAGAGAUAUCCCGAGCUUCUGGAGCAAUAGGGCUCAGCUACGGUGCCCACUCCAACCUCUGCGUCAACCAGAUUGUUCGCAAUGGGAAUGAGGCGCAGAAAGAGAAAUACCUUCCCAAGCUGAUCAGCGGUGACUUCAUCGGAGCCCUGGCCAUGAGUGAACCCAAUGCUGGCUCUGAUGUCGUCUCCAUGAAGCUUAAAGCGGAAAAGAAAGGCGAUCACUACGUUCUGAAUGGCAACAAGUUCUGGAUCACCAAUGGCCCUGACGCCGAUGUCCUCGUUGUCUACGCCAAGACAGAUCUGUCUGCUGUACCAGCUUCUCGGGGCAUCACAGCCUUCAUUGUGGAGAAGGGUAUGCCUGGUUUUAGUACCUCCAAGAAGCUCGACAAGCUGGGCAUGAGGGGCUCCAACACCUGUGAGCUUGUUUUCGAAGACUGCAAAGUUCCUGCUGCUAAUAUCCUGAGCCAAGAGAGUAAGGGGGUCUACGUAUUGAUGAGCGGGCUGGACCUGGAACGCCUGGUGCUGGCAGGUGGACCCCUUGGGAUCAUGCAGGCUGUCCUGGACCACACCAUUCCCUAUUUGCACGUAAGGGAAGCCUUUGGCCAGAAAAUCGGCCAAUUCCAGCUGAUGCAGGGAAAGAUGGCUGACAUGUACACCCGCCUCAUGGCAUGUCGACAGUAUGUCUACAACGUCGCCAAGGCCUGUGAUGAAGGCCACAUUGUUGCCAAGGACUGUGCCGGUGUGAUUCUGUAUGCAGCCGAGUGUGCCACGCAGGUAGCCCUGGACGGCAUUCAGUGUUUAGGUGGAAAUGGGUACAUUAAUGACUUCCCCAUGGGCCGCUUCCUUCGAGAUGCCAAACUGUAUGAGAUCGGAGCCGGGACCAGCGAAGUGAGGCGGCUGGUCAUUGGCAGAGCAUUCAAUGCCGACUUCCGCUAGCACCGCGGCCGACGCCCCCGGUCCUAGCACUGAGGCCUUCCUUUAGAAGCAGAGGCAUGCCCUCACACGGUAGCACACCACCCGCACGAGGUGGGGUUCUCCGGCCGUUGUCAGCCCAGUCUGUCAGGAAAGCUUAAAAUGGACCGCACAAAGGACUUGGGUUUUUCUGGGGCUCGUAGGGGGCUUCAGUGACUGUGCCCUUACUCUCCACUCCCGAUGUUGAUGUUCUCACCCUCUGGGAUGGCACCUGGGAUAUGCAGGUGCCCUACUCCUGAGCUGGGGCAAACCUGGCAGGGAGCCCUUUCCACGCAACUGUAGCGGGAGUGCUGCUGCUUCCAAUUUUCUUAACGGCCUCUUUUCUUGAGGAAGAGGCAAAAACCUUGUUGUCCUCGUUAGCUGUUUCCCUAAGGUCUAAACAGUUCCAGAACAUCUAUGUGACAGACCCGUGGAAGACAGAGUCCUGGUCUAGCCAUGACAGCAUGAAAGAUUGUCUCUGGAUGGCGUCCCUGGUGUGCCUGGAUCUGACUGCAUCACUCUGUCACGGGCCAGCGCUGGGACUGUUUGUGUGACCUUCUGCAGCCGACCGGGCAGCAGGCACAGGCCCUGUGGCCAGCCCGGGUUGCCUGGCUCAACUCCAGUCUCUCUGCCUGUGUACAUUUCUCUAGACACCCUGUGGCUAAUUUUGUUAUGGCUGCACAGUGGCUGCUGCCAUUUUGUAUUAAACAUACUGCAAAUCGAA